CGAAAAGUCCUGCUGGAAGGUUGUCUGAAAGUCUGUUAUCGCUCUCAGUCUAAGUAUACGCACACACUCGUGAACGGUGUUACUUUCGGUCUGUGGUGUUUGUGAAUUUUUCAGGUACUAUCCUCAAUUGAUUUUCUCAUUCAAACGAAAGAGCGCUUAAAUGAUAUCAACCCCAUCCUCUUCAAUCCUCAUUCUUGAUUGAUGGUCUCCUUACACUCAAUCUUCAAAGUUGAAGACUGCAUCAGUAUGAACUCAGAAACCAUCAGGAAUCAAGUGCCAUACUGAAGGAUCGUGCUAACAAAAAAUAAUGUCAAGAAAGUGGACCAUACACUGUGAUUCAAUGAGUGGUUUAUUUUAUGACAAUAGUAUGAAUCAAAUCAUUCCACCCCAAACGUGUUAGCGUAAAAUAAUGUCAAAAAAGUGCACAAAGCUCUGUGAUUCAAUAAGUGACGAUAGUAUGAAUUCCACACAGUGUGUGAGAUAUUAGUGAAUAAUUUUUCCCGGUCUACAAAUGCGCCAAUAAAAAAUGUUCUAUUCCACCAAUUGUAUUUGAGUUAGCUGAAGAUAUUAGUGAAUAAUUUGGCCCGGUGUACAAAUGUGCCAAUAUAAAAUGUACUAUUUCACUUAAUAAAGAUAUAGGCUAUUAGAGAAUAGUCAUAUUUUGCCCGGUGUACAAAUGCGCUCUAAUGGUUGGCGGGGCAGAGAGCGGGGCACUGCUGCUGCUGCCUAGAUGCUAUUAUGGGAAGCUUGUGGCGCGACUUGUGGCCCGGUGGCAGUCGCCCGCGACUGUGGCGCGGCUGGGAGUGGCGCUUCUUCAUCGCUGUGGUCUGCUUCCCGCAGUCACUGAUAUUCGGUGGCGCGCUCGCCAAUAGUCCUCCCCGAUUCCUCAUCGACGGGCAGACGGAAAUCGUCCUCAGGUUCAAGGAGGGAAAGGAUACGCCCGUGGGAAGUCUCAUCUACAGACUUCGUGGAACUGAUCCUGAUGGAGAUCCACUCACGUUUGGAAUUCGUGAGCAGAUCGGAAAUGAAAUUCUUCGCAUCGAAAAUCUUGGAACCAACGAAGCCAAUGUUUACCUCAAAAAGGAGCUUGAUCGAGAGGUGAGAGACGAGUACGCCCUAGUGCUGACUUUGACCGACGGCCAUCUGGGCGAUGGCAACUUCAUCACUCAGAGCCUGCUGCUUCUCGUAGAGGAUGUCAAUGACAACGAACCCAUCUUCAAGCCGUACCAGACGUCGAUCACCAUCCGCGAGGACAGUGGACCUGGCGUCCUCACCUCGGUUGAGGCAACCGAUCUCGAUGAAGGCCCUUACGGCCAGGUUGUUUAUCACCUUCAAGAGUUGGACGGAGAGAACGAUCUGUUCUCGGUGUCUACAGUGAACGGCAAAGGUGUGGUACGACUAGUCGGACAACUCGACUACGAGCGAAAGUUCCUCUACCAGUUGAGGAUUCUGGCUGUUGAUCGAUCGAAUAACGAAAGGAUAAAUACAGCAACCGCUGCAAUAUUGGUGAAAGUGAUGGAUGUGGAGGACCAGCCUCCUGAGUUUGUAGUGGUGUCUCCAGUUACCAGAAUUAGUGAAGAUGCUCCAAUUGGAACCUCUAUUCUUAAAGUAAGGGCAAUAGACGGUGAUAGAGGCGUGAACAAUAGGAUCACGUACAGCGUUACCAAGGGCGGCAAGGAUACCUUCGAUAUCGAUGCCUCUUCUGGCGUUAUAUUCACACUCAAAAACCUCGACAGGGAGAGUCCGCUCAGCAGUAAUGGUGCUUACAUCCUGGAAAUUCAGUGACCACUACGUCUGCGAGGUCAACGAGAACGCACAGGCCAACGCGCCGCUCACCUUCAUUGGAACCGCGCUGCCACAGGUCUACGAUUACGAUCAGGGUAAUAAUGGAACAUUCGAAAUGUAUAUUGAUGAUGAUCGGGGUAUUUUCGAUGUGACGCCGAGACAUGGCAUCAAUGAAGCCACAUUUCUAAUCAGGGUGAAGGAUCCCACCAAAUUGGAUUACGAAACCACCAAAGUGAUGAACUUCACACUGGUCGCCAAAGAGAGUGUACCAACAGAUCCGAAAUUCAGCUUUGCAUCGGUGACUGUCUACAUUCGAGAUGUCAACGACAAUUUUCCUGAAUUUGCCAAACCUGUUUACGAGGUGUCAAUACCGGAGAACUCGGGCCCUGGCACAACAGUGGUCUGGGUGCAGGCUACUGAUGACGAUUCUGGAAAUUUUGGAUCUCAGGGAAUUCGUUAUACCAAUCUAAGGGGAAGCGUCGCUGAAAUGUUAUCAUUGGAUUCAAGAACUGGAAUAAUCACGAUUAAAAAUGAUGGUGCACAUUUCGAUCGAGAACAAAUGUCAAGGCAUUAUCUCACUGUCGAAGCCAGGGAUGACAUGGGUUUAGGAAAUAGGAAUACCGCUCAAUUAGUUUUAAACAUCGAAGAUGUAAAUGAUAAUGCUCCAAUUUUCCUGCAAAGCCGCUACGAAGGCAGACUCCACGAAAACCAAAUGGAUUUUGAUACUCCUCUGGUGAUUGAGGCUAGAGAUAUGGAUCUCAAUGGCACAAAAAACAGUCGAAUAACUUACAGCAUAUCGGAGUGGGACCGCUCAAAGGCCAAUUUCACAAUAGACCCGGCGACAGGCGCUCUCAAGCUGAUGGGUCGUAUUGACUUUGAGCGGCUGCCCAGAGGAGGCGGUCAGAAGGCGUUGAAUCCGUUUCCGGUCCACCUAAAGGUGAGGGCCACGGACAUGGGCUCUCCCCCCCUCCACUCCGAGGUGCCUGUCACCAUCUACAUCCAUGACGUCAACGACUUUGCGCCCCAGUUUGAGGUCGACAGCUAUGAGAAAACUAUACCCGAAGAUCUGUCUGAAGGCAGUUCUGUUCUACAAGUGAACGCGUGGGACGGUGACGGCUCGCCGCCGAACAACGUGGUGGUGUACCGCAUCCAAUCGGGCGCCGGCGACAAGUUCACCAUGGACGUGGCGACCGGCGUGAUUCGGGUGGCGCGCGGCGCGAGUCUCGACCCGGACGGCACGCAGCCGCGCACGCUGCGUUACGCGCUGGUCAUUGUGGCGCUCGACGGCGGAAUUGGCGCGCACCAGCUCAGCGCAACUGUUCCCGUGCAGAUCACGAUCGAUGAUGUCAACAAUAAGCCGCCUGUGCUUGCCGAACCCGGGACUGUGCGCAUCAAGGAGAACACUAGGGUGGGUCAAGUGGUGCACAGAGUGGUUGCCCAGGACCCAGACGAGAGCCCAGUGCUGCGAUACACCCUGGACGCGGACAGCUGCGAGGCUCGUAGCGAGGAGGGCACACUCGUCAAGGCGGCUGAGUUCGACUAUGUCGCGGCAUUCGAGCUCAAUCCGCUCGACGGACGGCUUAAGGUGGUGCGGCUGCUGGACAGAGAGCGUGUGGAGACCAUCCGGCUGGCGAUCCGGGUCGAGGAUCUGGGGUCGACUACCGGCGUGCAGACCGAUACCGCUGUCUUAACAAUUGUAAUUGAAGAUGAGAAUGACAACAAUCCUCAGUUCCGCAAACCAUUUUACCGACGCUCCAUCACAGAGAACAGCCAGAAUGGUAUCACCAUUGUCAACAUUGUGGCUGAUGACGCCGAUAAGAAUCGAACCAUCUCGUACUCUCUUGAAGGUCCUCAAUCGAUGACAGACCUGGUGCACCUGGACAGGGAGACGGGGGAGAUGGUGGUGGCCAGCCGCAUAGACCACGAACAGGUGGCCUGGCUCAACAUGACCGUGCGUGCCACCGACUCAGGCGUUCCCUCUCGCUCCUCCUUCGUCGACGUCUUCAUUCAGGUGCUCGACGAAAACGACAACAAUCCGUACUUUGUCGGAGAGACCACCAAUAUAACCAUUCGCGAGGAUACACCUAUCGGCACUGAAAUAGGAAGAAUCGAAGCCAUGGAUGCGGACUCUGGUGACUAUGGGAAAAUAACAUAUCUUCUGGAUCGUAUUUCAUCUCUGGGUAAGUUUCAAAUCAAUCCAGAAACGGGAGUGCUGAACAUAUCUGAUCGCCUGAACAGAGAGGAGCAGAGUGCCUACAUGCUUGUCAUUGAGGCCUGGGACAACUAUCAGUUUGGAUAUGCUAGUGGCGAGAGUCGCAACGCUUUCAAGCAGAUUGUAGUGAACGUAUUGGACGUGAAUGACGAGGCGCCGGUGCUGGACCGCUUGCCUGAGCAGUGCGUGACCGUGACUGAGUUCCACGAUCCCAGUGACGUCAUCACGCAGCUCAAGGCCACAGAUGCUGACGACCCCAACACACCCAACAGCUGGGUGCAGUUCUCCUUCAUCGCUGGCAAUGAUGAUGGUCUAUUCCAGAUCAAGCCGGUGGACAACUGGUCAGCGCAUGUGUUGAGCACCGGUCCUCUGAAGAAGCGCUACGGCAAUUACAGUUUAGUGGUGCGCGCGCAGGAUCUCGGGAUGCCGCCAAACUCGGUGGUCGCCAAUCUGCACAUCUGUGUCACAGAUUUCAACGACAACGCACCACGCUUCCUCAGUCCGCCGCACAAUAUCACCAUACGCGUCGCUGAGAAUGAGACAAUUGGAACGCCAGUGAUAACAGUUGAAGCAGUUGACGACGACAUAGGGCCGAACGGAGCUGUCAGAUACAGACUGCGUCAGGACAACACCGGAGACUGGAGAACGUUCAACAUCGACCAGGACUCUGGUCUGAUUACACUCAAGCAGCCAUUAGACAGAGAACGACAAAAAAUCUAUCAGAUUCGAGUGGAAGCUUACGACCAUGGAGUACCAACGCCAUUGUCAUCCGACCUUGAUCUCACAAUAUACGUCAAGAAUAUCAACGACUACCAACCGCAGUUCGUUAUUGAAGAAUAUACUGUCAAUUUCACUGAGCAUGUACUUCCGGGCACUGAGAGACGUCAGCUGGCGGAGACGAUUGACAGGGAUGAAGUGGAUGACCUUGACGACCCUCCAACUCCAGUCUGCUACUUCAUUGUGGCUGGCAACGAGGAUGGAUUCUUCGGAAUUGAGCCUCUCAUACAUCAGAUCACAGCAGUGAAAGAGCUGGACAGAGAGGUGCAAGAACGACAUGAGUUGAUAGUGAAGGCGAGCGAAGACUGCGCCACAACUCCACCCACCAACAACAGCUGGUUCGAGCUGCGAGAUGAGACUCUGCUCAAGUUGAUUGUCAACGUCAACGAUAUUAACGACAAUCCGCCGUUGUUCGUCAAAAAUGUGUUCACGGGAGGUGUGACAACCGAGGCUGAUUUCGGCACUGAGUUCAUGCACGUCAAGGCAGUGGACGCGGACACGGGCGAGAACGCUGUGAUCAACUACUACAUGCUGGGGGAGACGCAGAUGACCCUGAGCGAGGGCAUGGAGGGCAUCCAGCAGCCGCCCUUCCUCGUCGACCAGGGCACGGGGGCCAUCCACCUCAACUUCGACCCCCAGAAGGGCAUGAAGGGAUAUUUCGACUUUAUGGUGAUGGCGAACGACAGUGGUGGUCUCUAUGACAUGGCGCGAGUAUUCAUUUACCUGCUCCGUGAAGAUCAGCGAGUUAGAUUUGUAUUACGUCAGCAUCCCACCGAGAUCAGAGAGAAAAUCGAUCAUUUCAGAGAAAUUUUAGGAAACGUGACUGGCGCAAUAGUGAACAUAGACGAGAUGAAAGUGCAUGAAACCCGCGACGGUCGAGUGGACAAAACACGCAGCGACCUCUACAUGCAUUUCGUCAACCAGACCGACCAUUCUAUCAUGGAAGUCAACUCUGUGCUAAGACUGAUUGAUCAAAGCAUCGAGCGGCUAGAUACUCUAUUCAAGGAGUUCAACGUGCUGGACACACAAGGCGCAGAGCGAGUGGAGGCGUUGCGAAUCGCCGGCCCGGACAGUGUGGUGUGGAUGUGGCUUGUCGGCUGCACUCUCUUCCUCACUCUGCUAUUGGUUGUCGUCAUCGCUCUCUGUCUGUCGCAGCGGGCUCGCUACCAGCGCCAACUCAAGGCCGCCACCAUCACUGCUUUCGGUACCACAGAAUCUGAUUUAACUGGCAGAGUGGCCGGAAGAGUUCCAAAUACCAACAUGCACAGUGUGGAGGGUUCGAACCCCAUCUGGAUGCAAGCUUACGAGAAUGAAUGGUACAAGGAGGAUGAUUCGAUGAGUUUUAUGUUUCAGUCAAGCGUCUGAACGCGACUCGCUCGAUGAGAACGCUGUUGUCGCACCGACUACGCCAAACGAUGGAGGCGGUAACUCCUCGUGCAACAG